AUGAGGCCCACAUUCCGCCAGAUGGCUGGCCACAACAGCGUCCACAUGGACCCGGCGCUGGUCAAAUAUGCCAACAUGUUCGUGAAGCGUCACGAGUACUUCAAAUGGACACCGCGGACUGCAUGGCUGAGUGUCGUCUAUGUCAUUGCCGUGCCAUCUGCGUUCCUCUACAUGGCUUUCAAGACUGAGGGCAAAUGGGAUCYCCGUGGAAAGCUGAGAGGAGACACCAUUGCUGAGUUUUAG